UCUUAUUUAAAUAUAAUUGUAUUAAAAAUCUCUAUUUCGUUUAAUUAAUUAAUAAAUUAAUAUUAAAUAUGCGAAAAUUAAUCACAUACAUAUAAUUCACAAUAAAUAUCUAUAUCUCCAAAGAAUAAUUAAAAAAUUUUGAAUGUGAUUAUUAUUAAAAAAUAAUAUUAUAAAAUAAAUUAAAGAAAGUGAAUCAUUAAUGUCCUGUUCAGAUUGAAAUAUUUGUAGAAACGUCAGGAUGUCAGUUUAAUCAUACGUGGCUAUAUCCAUAUAUCGAUUGUUUCGAUAGGGGUCAGUAGUGGAUAGUUGUGUUUCACUUGUCAACCUGACGUAUUCGACGUUUCUUCUACUUUCUACUCGUGUUACAUAUGACUUUUGUCUUUUUUUAUAUAAAAAUUUGACCUAACUUGGAUAUGAUAAUAUUAUUUUUUCUUUAAAAAAGGUAAGUUUGUUGAAUAUAGAAAGUAUAGGUAAAUUUAACGUCAUAAAACGAAAUCAAAUUUGCGCGCUACGAAUAAGCAAAAUUCAAAUGAAAGUAGAACGUCCGUAUAGUUAUAGUAUGAAUAUAUAUUUUUUAUAUUCAUAUGAUAUUCAUUGUUAAAUACAAUGAAUAUAUUAUAAAUUAGAUAAAACAUUGAAAACUAUGAAAAAUAAAAAUAUAGUUAUAAUAUUAUAUUUUUUAUAAUAUUGAAAUUGAUAAUAUUGAUUGAUAAUUUUGAACCAUAAUAUUUUAUUGUUACAAGAAUCGUUUUUUUUUAAUUAUUUAAUUGUUCAAAUAUUAGAAUGAGUAAAUAUAAAAGUCAAAAUAUAAUAUAGUAAAAAUAAUUUUUUACUAUAUUAAAAACUUUUUAUUUAUUUUUUAUAUAUAUGAUUAUUAUUAUUUAAAAUAAUAUUCUUCUUUAUUUACAUAACUUGUGAGUAAACUGCGUACCUGCGAUUUAUUCAACAGUAGUGAUUUAACGUCGAUUUUUAUAAUAACAAUGAUUUUAUUAAAAAUAAUCGAUUAUGAAGUAUCAACAGAUCACCGUCGAUUUUGUAAAUAUGGUGUUCACUGCUUGCUCCUAUUUGGCUCUUGCUGGAGCUGUUUGGAUAUUUUUACGACUCAUCCAAGCAUGCUUUUGGUUACCGCGCCAUUUAAAAAGACAAAAUCAUGUCCAACGAAUGCUGCAAGAUAAGAUGGAGAACUAUGAGAAGUAUAUAUUAGAAUGUGAAAAAAGAGAAAAGAUUGAACAAGAAAUGCAAGGCGGAGAUGCCAAACCAAAUCCUGAACAAGCUGAGAAAUGGAAGGAACGAAGGGAAUGUUUGGAAAUGUUGAAAAGAGAAUUAAGUAAGAUUCGAGAUGGUGGUGAUGAUUCGCAAGACUGGGAUUACCUUCUAGAAGAAGAGGAAACAAAAGAAGAAAAAGCUAGUAUCACAGAAAUUCAAGAUGAUAAAAUUUCUAAAGAUGGACAUAAUGACAAAAUAAACACAAACACAAGCACUAAUCCAAUAAUCAACUCAGAAAAUAAAAAAGACAAAUAAUUACAUUUUAUACUAUUUCUGUAACAAAUAGAUGAGGUUUAAAACCUUUUAGAUCCGUAAAAAAAAAAAAAAAAAAAUAAGUUAGAGAAUUCAAAGUAUUUAAGAAAUAUGCGAAAUAUUAAUAGUUAUAUUUUAAUCGAUUAGUGAAAUGCAAACAGACAAGGUUCAUUUCUAAUAAUUAUUCGAUAAUAAUGAUUAAUAUAUUUCAUCCAUGUAUGAGGCACUUAUGAGGCACAAUGAUUUAAUAAUUAAUCUUAAGUAUUUGAUUAUAUAUUUAUUAUAUUACUAAGAUAUCAGAAUAAUUUAAUGCAUUUUACUGGUAAAUGAAAGUUUUAUAACGAUUAUUCAUUAUCAUAAAAAUAUAUUUAAAAAUGAUCAAUUUUAAAGAAAUGAAAUUAAUAUAUUUAAAAAAAAAUGAAUUUAUAAAAUUAUUAUAAUAAAAUAACUAAAUGAUUACGAUAUUACACGAAGAGAAUAAUUAUGAUAUUUUUAUAUUGAAUUUUUAUUAAAUAUUACGUAAAGUAUUUAAGCUUUAUAUAACAAUAUUUAAACUUUCGAAUAAAAACAUUUUAAAUUAAAUAUCAACGUACAAUUUAAUGAAAUUUGUAAUGCAAUUAAUGCACGAUAUUUUUUAAAUGGAUGUAUUUUAAGAAUAUUGUAUUUAUUCUUUAAAAUUUAUACAUAUAUAGUAUUAUAUCUACAUAUCUUUGAAUUAAAUAUUUAUUAAAAGCAAAAUAUUGAUAAUAUCAAUUUCGAAAUUUUAUACUUUAUAUAGACAGCCACUUUUUUGAAUUAUAAUUUUAAAAUAAUAUACAUGGUGAAAAAAAAUUAUUUAUGCAUCAAUUAAUUUACAUAAAUUAUCUUAAAGUAUUGUAAUAUUUAUCGUUAAAAAUUUUACAAAUUGUUUGCUAAAUAAAUACAUCUGAAUUUUCUAUGGUUA